AGUUUGGAGCUUUUAGCUGCCAGCCCUGGCCCAUCAUGUAGCUGCAGCACAGCCUUCCCUAACGUUGCAACUGGGGGAAAAAUCACUUUCCAGUCUGUUUUGCAAGGUGUGCAUUUACAUCUUGAUUCCCUGAAAGUCCAUCUGCUGCAUCGGUCAAGAGAAACUCCACUUGCAUGAAGAUUGCACGCCUGCAGCUUGCAUCUUUGUUGCAAAACUAGCUACAGAAGAGAAGCAAGGCAAAGUCUUUUGUGCUCCCCUCCCCCAUCAAAGGAAAGGGGAAAAUGUCUCAGUCGAAAGGCAGGAAGCGGAACCCUGGUCUUAAAAUUCCAAAAGAAGCAUUUGAACAACCUCAGACCAGUUCCACGCCCCCUCGAGACUUAGACUCUAAAGCUUGCAUUUCAAUUGGAAAUCAGAACUUUGAGGUGAAGGCAGAUGACCUGGAGCCUAUAAUGGAACUGGGGCGAGGUGCGUACGGGGUGGUGGAGAAGAUGCGACACGUGCCCAGCGGGCAGAUCAUGGCGGUGAAGCGGAUCCGGGCCACAGUAAAUAGCCAGGAGCAGAAAAGGCUACUGAUGGAUUUGGAUAUUUCCAUGAGGACAGUGGACUGUCUUUUUACGGUCACCUUUUAUGGCGCACUCUUCCGGGAGGGUGAUGUUUGGAUCUGCAUGGAGCUCAUGGAUACGUCGCUAGAUAAGUUCUACAAACAAGUGAUUGAUAAAGGCCAAACGAUUCCAGAGGACAUCUUAGGGAAAAUAGCAGUUUCUAUUGUAAAAGCGUUAGAACACUUACACAGUAAGCUCUCUGUCAUUCAUCGAGAUGUCAAGCCUUCCAACGUGCUGAUCAACGCUCUGGGCCAAGUAAAGAUGUGCGAUUUUGGAAUCAGUGGCUACCUUGUAGACUCUGUCGCUAAAACUAUUGAUGCAGGAUGCAAACCGUACAUGGCCCCUGAAAGAAUAAACCCAGAGCUCAAUCAGAAGGGAUACAGUGUGAAGUCUGACAUUUGGAGUCUGGGCAUCACAAUGAUUGAGUUGGCUAUCCUCCGGUUUCCCUAUGACUCUUGGGGAACUCCCUUCCAGCAGCUCAAACAGGUGGUAGAGGAACCCUCGCCACAGCUCCCGGCGGACAAAUUCUCUGAAGAGUUUGUUGACUUUACCUCACAGUGCUUGAAGAAGAAUUCCAAAGAACGGCCAACAUAUCCAGAACUUAUGCAACAUCCGUUUUUCACCCUACACGAAUCCAAAGCAACAGACGUGGCAUCUUUUGUAAAACUAAUUCUUGGAGACUAAGUACCGUGGACUCAAUCGGUUGGCCCUCCUGUGGAUUGGUGGGUUUUACAGGGUGAAGAAGGUUCACUAAAGCGCCAAUAGAAACUCAUCUUUGAGAUAAUUUAAUCCUGCCUCUCAGAAGGUUUUUUUCUCCCCAUUUUCUUUCUUUUUUUUUUUUUUUUCCCCUCCAAAGGGGGCCUUGGAAUCUCUAGUAUAGAAUGAACUGUCUAGAUGAAUGAAAUAUGACAAAGGCUUAGGACUUAAAAAAGGUGAUUAAAUAUUUAAUGAUGUGUCAUAUGAGUCCUUAAGCUUCUCAGACUUCUCUUGUUCUUUAUGAAAUGAAUGCAUUGGCCCUGGUCAAAAGGUGCUACAGUAGUGAUGAAUUUGUAAGUAGAUCUGUACUUUGUCCCAUUUAUUAUUUUAAUAUUUAUGUUUAAGCGCUUGGUUGAAAAGAUUCCAUUUUAUGCAAGGAGGGAGAUACAAAAGACAAGGUUGGGUUGGCAAUAUUUAUAGGCCUUUUAUUUUUGAAGUUCAAUCGUGUCUGUGGUCCAGAAGAAAUUAUUUAAUAUGCAUCUUUAAGAGUAUUAUAACAAUAUCAACAAGGAGCUCUUCUUGUAAAAUACCUGUUCCAGCUGUUGUGGCUGCUUGCCAUGUCCUCGGAUUUCUGCUCUCAACUCUUGGGUAAUAACCACAUAUUUCAGGUGAAGUGGCAAAGCAUCUUGGUCAUACCCUUUUCCUAACUUUGGAAAACAUAAAAUCACUUUGAUCACAUCUCAGAAUCACAAAUUUGGUUCUCUUGGCAUUUGUGGUAUUAAUGAAAUGUACAGUUCGUGAUGCGAUUUUAUAUCACCCAUCUAUCCUAUGUGUGUGUGUGCGUGUGUGUGUAUUUGAUAAGUCACAGGCUCUGCCAAGUAGCUUCUGUAAACAUCUCUAGUAAGGAGGACGUAUGUCACUUCUGAGAGGAAAUAUCAUGUCGAACCAUACAGAGAAUUGGUGCCUUCAAUGUGUAAGCCCCAAGCAUUGACUUGGUGGCAAUCCUGAACAUACCCAUUUGCUUUCUUCUUUGUUUUUCUUGUUCAAUAAAGAAGCCUUACUAUUAAUGGGAGGACUGCAAUAGAAGAAGAUGAAAGUUCUUUGAUAAUGUGAGGAAUUAAUUUGGGGGAGGGGGGUUGAAUUCAUUCCUUGGAAUAGAUUGCCGAAUUUCCACAGGUUGAGGUGAGGCCGUAUUUUUUUUUCCCAGCAGCACACAGUAGCUUGUCCUGUUGGAGGACGCAGUGCCACCGUGGGUCUCUGGCAGGUUGACAACACAACAAAAGCUCUUUCUCGUGGCUAUGUUUGCCCCUAGGUUCUCUAGUUUCCCUGAGGAAAAAAAGGAGUGAAAUGAUCCAGGGAACAUAUAGACUGAUAACCUGGAAGCAUUGCUUUUGGACAUGGAGUUGAUAAUAAGGCUGUUCUUGAAGGACAAAAGGAGAAUUUUCAUUAAAAAGGAAGAAGAGAACUCACUCUGAUUCUUUCUUUGCCUCAAGUUCAGAGAUUCGGAGAUAACUGCUUCCUAAAAUCCUCCCUUCUUCCCCUCUUAGAUUUUGAAGUGCUGUCACUUAAUCUUCUGUGUCUGCGUUUUCCCCUUGUUCUUGACCUCUGUCUAGCUCGUAGCAGUAGCCCCGACUGAGUAUGACACCUCCAUUCACUUCUUUGUAUCCAGUUCCAAGACAUACCUGUUGGAUCAAACAUAGUUUCAUCUGCUCUCAAGCUCCCUCUGUUCUCAUCUCUUUCUAGCCAGAAAAGGUGGAUGAACCUACCAAUUAUGGUCAUUCACUUUCCCACCCACCUUCCUAAAUCUGGCAGUUUCUCUCUUUGAGGUCAAAAGGAAAAAAAAAAUAACAACCAUAUUCUUUCCAUUGUCCAUCCAUCUUAUGAAAAAUAGCAAGUAGUAGGGAAAAAAAAUCAGAGGUCAUAACAUGGACAGCUUUUGGUGAAAUACGUAAAGCAAAACACCUCUGGUCUAAGUUGGAUAAGUCUUACCUGUUGUAAAGUGAGGUUUCUACUUAGAAAUAUUCUUCACCAAGUGUGUCCCCCUGUGCAUUCCUCUCCAGUUUGUGAGCCCAGGGCCUAAACUUGCAAAACAAUUAUACGGAGGUAGAGGAGGAGUUAGUCAAUGGUUCCCAGCCUUGUGCACACUGGAAUCACUGGGAGCUGGUGAACACUUCCAAUGCCAGGGUUGGGGUUUCAGUGGUCCAGAGUGGGGCCUGCAAAUUGGUAUUUUUUUAAAGAUUUUAUUUAUUUAUUCAUGAGAGACAGAGAGAGGGGGGGGGGGGCAGAGGGAGAAGCAGGCUCCAUACAGGGAACCUGAUGUGGGACUCGAUCCCAGGUCUCCAGGAUCAGGCCCUGGACUGAAGGUGAUGCUAAACCGCUGAGCCACCUGGGCUGCCCCAAACUGGUAUUUUUACCAUGCUGUCUGUCAUUCUGAUGCACAGCAUGGUUGAGGACACUGGGCUAGUACUCUGAAAGAGAGAAUUGACCUACAACUUCUUUGGAACGUUGGCAGAGAGAAGCAAGAGCCUCUGCUUCUUUCCCUGUCCUCUCGAAUGGGGACAUCUUUGCUGCUGUCAGAGACAGCGCAUUCCCAGAAUAUUGAUUUGAAACUUGGGAUACAUUUUCCCCAUAGAAAUUAUGUGCUCCAUGGUGAUUAGAUGUCUUCUGUGCUUAAAGUAGAAGGACUUGAUCGUCUUCUAAGUUCUAAAAUAUGUUUUUUUUUUGAGAAUGGUGUUCUAAACUAAUUUUAAAAUAAAGAUGGAGAUGCAUAGACCAUAUUUAAGUUGAUACAAGUUGGAAGCCUCCUGUACAUACAUGCAGGUUGCUCUAUGUUAACCUGUUCGUUGUGUAUCAUUAUUGUUCUCUUGCUUGUGUCUUGUUGGUGUGCUUUUUAAUCGUGUACCUUCCUUUGCUGUUGAUUGGUUCUGUCACAUUGGUUGUUGUUCUAGUCGAGGACACGAGAUACCCAUUAGCCUCAGCAUUCGGGGAAGCCAGCACUGACACUAAAAGGGUCAUGAGAAAUGCAUGUGCAUUUCUCCACAUGCACUUGAUUUAGUGUCUUAGGAAAGUAAUCACAAAGGAGGCAGAGUGGGGCUAAUGUUUUCAUGGUUUUUAACACUCAGAAUGCUUCUGUUUCCCAAGGGGUUUUGUCAGCUCUGCUCAUGGAAACUACUGUUUCUUCCAACGUUGUCUAACAAAACGCUUUAUCUUCAGCCUGGAAGUGCAGUAGAUGCCUAGUGCCUGACUUCCCGCCUCAAUGCUUUCUUGGGCAUGUGACCUUCACAGACCUUGAAGGGAAGAUUCAUAUAUUUAUAGGAUUCACUGGAGUGGGUGGUCGGAUCAAGUAAAAUGAAUGAAACCUCUACUGUGCUGGGAAUGUUGUCUUCUUAAUGUCUGUCUGUGACUUAGAGGGCGAUUUGUUGGCUUAAGGGAAUCUUCCAUUUUUAUUGCAUUAGCAUGUAGAGGGUGCAGUUUUUUGGGACCCCAGAACAUUUACAUACUCUGAUGGAAAAUUACCAGAGAAAAAUCUAGGAAGAAGAAACUACCAAAUAAACCCUAUUAGAAUAGAAAAUAAAAAAAAGAUAUUUUAUUGUAGAAGUUCUGUGUUCCUCUCGUCUGGGGUGUGUAUGUGUGUGUGUGUGUGUGUGUGUGUGUGUGUGUGUUAGCACUGUUAAAUAUGCUGGCAGCUGAAGAUACUCUUUGGUUUGGUUUGGCUUUAAUUGGGGUACUCUGGAUUUCUUUAGGAAUCUGUUGAAAGCUAGGACCUUUUCCUUAGGAAAAUGCACGUGGUACAUGGAACACAUAGUUUUGCAAACAUUUUUGUUGAGGGGAGGGGAGUCCGGUUUAUAGACCCCAUCGGAUCAAUAACCUCUGCUCUGUAGAAUGUGGACUGUGACAUUCUAGACCAAGACUGGCAAGCUUUGUCUGUAAAGGGCCAGAUAGUAAAUAUUUUGGCUUUGUGCUUCACCAAGCUGUUAUAACCACUCAGGUCCGCUGUCGUAGUGUGGAAGCAUCUGUAAACAAUACAUAAAUGAAUGAGCAUGGUUCAGUGUCCCAAUUAGAUUUUACUUACAAAAUCGGACGAUGGGCUGGAUUUGGCCCACAGGCUAUGGUUUGCCACCACCUGAGCUAGGCCAUCGAAUACAAAACUCUAAUUGAUGAACUGAAUUUUUCCACUUCGUGAGUAUUUAGCUCCACUGCUGUUGAGGUGGAUUAGGAAGAUGGACAUAGGAAAUGAAAUUGGGAAGAAUGGAAGACUGUUCAAUCCCAUGGAAAUUGCCUCUUAAUUGUCUCGGGUAAGUAUUUCUUGCCCGGGAAGCCAAUAGGACAGUUUUCCUCAGAUGAAAUCAACUACCUCCUUUUUCCAUUUCGAUACAGUAACCGGCAUAACUCAUUCAAACUUGGAAAUAAAAGGUCUGCUUCUCUUAGACAUUCUUGUCUCUUAGCUUUGCAUUUUGUUUCUCUCUGUGGUGUGAUACUUGUGCAGGGGGAGUCAUGAACCCAGGCAUUAAUCACUUGGUUUUCCUUUUCUCUGACCUGCAUUCAGAUUUGAGAAUUUGGGAGGCCACAGUUAUCUCAGAAGUAGAAGACAGAUAGAAUUCUUAAAACCUUCCAAUUCAUCCCUCUGAGCUGUUUGGCCCUCUUUCAAGAAAGUAAGGCGGUCACGUGUGGGGUCAAAAUACUUGUUCGUAGGUAAGACUCGGAGCUCCAGGCUCUCACUGUAACGGGAAGGGACGUAGUCUUUCUCCUUGAGUACUAUCCUAACUGUCCCUAAAUUUCUAUUCUAAGGGCCUGAUGCAAGAUGCUCCCUUUCUGAUGUGAUUAUCUUGGAUUACCAGCCCUGGUUGAGUUUCUGGGCUGGGCUGCCUAAUGAAACUCUCUAGUGAAAGCUUUGCCUUCCCUCUGGGACCAGAACACUGUCCUUUGCUUUCCUUAUGUUGGCACCUGUUCCCCCUUGCUGUCGGAUUGCCAUUCAAAGACCGGUCUGCCACCUAAGCUGCCUAGCUCCACUUUCUUCUUCCGGAACAGCCCAACACAUCUCACUUGAUGCUGUAGUCUCUUCCUUAUUCCAAACAUUUUCCUUCCUGCUGCAUCAUCAGGCAAACGUAAAUUCUACUUAGAAGGACCCUCGGAACCUCCUGAAGGGCAUAUUUAAGUAUUUGAUCUGGCAGUUUACCUGAAGGAAUGUUUUCUCUUUGCCUAGGAAAACAAAACCUGAAUUCCAGAGGCUUCAAAAUGAAAUUCUCCUUCUGGGGGAAACACCUUGCUCCCAAAUACAUCACUCACCACCCAUUCCUGGUGUCUUCAAGGAAGAUAUGUUCCUUUUGCCCAGGUUUAGAGAGGCACUGUUUACAGCCAUGCAGAUACAAUUCUACCAUUGGGGGUUUUCUAAUGGAGUCAUUUGGAAUUGACAUGUAACGAAUGUUGGGGUUUAUCUUUUGAGCUCCUGACCCAAACUCCUUUUUCAAGCAAGAUUUCUCUCAAAGCCUCUUUCCUAUCUGAGGUGAAGGGGACUGGGCCUUAAGUAGAAAUUCAAAACAAGGUCAAGGACUUUGUGGUAGGGAUAUUUUAAAAAAAAAUCCCCUCUAAGACAAACAUGUGUUAAUAGAAUUUAAAAAUAUCCAACCUAGUUCCCGGGGCUGUCAGGAUCUUGACAUCAUUUGUAUUGUCACUUAAACUAGGACACAGAACCCUUCAUUAUUGGGAGUUUACGGUGAGAUUUUGGGAGAUUUGCAUUGUAUUUCUGUCUUGGAAUUGUCAGUAUGGAAAGAUUUCUUUGUGGGCUGUUCAUCUUGAUACAUACAGGCUUCCCCCCGGGGUCCACUUUUGCAUUUUUUGGAUUCAAGGUCUCUUUCGAGGAAUGAAGCUAAUGCUCUUAUGACUUGGAGACUGAUUUCAGGGAAUGCACGGGAAUGAUCAGGCACUUACUUGCAUCUUAAUGUAGGAAACAGAACUUCCUAAGUAGUCCCCAGAGUUUGUGGCUUUGACCAGGCCACCUGGUCUUUCCUGGUUCCCUUGAUUGCAUUUGCUUAUUACUCCUCUGCCAGGCACACGUGACCUGGGCUGACUCAACGCUUCUGUGGAAAGGAAUGGAUCCAACCAUUUUCAUACAUCAAAACUCAGAUUUGGCAAUUUUGCUUUGGUUUGACUACAGGAUUCUAUUGUUCCCAAAUCUUAAAAACGUAAUGGAUGUCUAAGAGGACUUUUAGCAAAACCCUCAUUCAAAAUGUAAGACCUUCUAUAUAAGGUCUUAAUAAAACUUCUCCUCAUCCUGUAGACAAGGACUGCUGGGUUGGUAUCCUUUCCUCUGAAGUAAUAUUCUGUUGUGGCCGGAAAUGAGCAAUUAGCCUCAUUUGGUCACUACAAACGUUCAUUGGAGUCCACAAGCAAUUUCAAUAAAGCAAGUCAAGGUCCUGCCUUAGGAGAUUGUCUUUAGACUCUGGACUUUAAGACUGAACAGUGAUGUGGAAUUAUGUUUGGGGGCUAGGAGAAAAGAUCCAUGCAAAGAGCAGUGCUUACCGAGGGUCCCCAUGGAAGAGCAAGCUGAUAAAAGAAGCUGGCAGUCAGGUGUAUUCCAUAACUCAUUUUCAGUAUUACCAUGGACAUGAUCUCCUAUGGGAAAGCCUAGCAAAAAGCCAAACGUUAAUUUUUUUUCCUUAAAAAUACUGAAUUCUAAAGAAGAUUCAGAGAGCAGUACUGAUUUGGAUCUCAGAAAAUUUUGUUUCCUUAGUAUUACUGAUUCUACAGAGUUACCAAUUUAAACUGAUGACACCCAGGGGAAAAAAAAAGAUAAAUGAUUAAUGGCAUCACAGCAUUUUGUGAGUAUACAACCCAUUCGUCAGCUACCCACAGGGUAAAGAAAUAUGUACACAAAACUAAGCCCCUUAAUUUUUCAUUCUGGUGGCUGAAGUGGACAGAAAGGUGGACACCAAAGUUUAUCUGGUGUGCAAACUUUGUCCACAAGGCAGAGGACUGUGAAUGUUCUGAGGAAAACACUACAGAUCUUCAUCCGAAGGGGAGAAUUUAUAAUCUUAAAACAUAACACUCGAAGCUAGUUUGAAUUUUCAGAAGCAGUGCAUUGUGUGAGGAAAGUAGUUUUAUUUUCUUCUGAACUCAAAUCGUCUGACCUAGUGUGUGUGUUCAUAGUGUGUGUUCAGUACUUGGGGAGAGAGGUGUCGCGAGCACAGAAGUGGUUUCCAGAUUAUGUUCAGUGUUACCCCUUGGAGGUCUCUUGUCCAGAAGGGAAGGAGAAAACUAUGUGAUGAAGGAUGGAGAGUGUGAUGCCCAUCUGAAAACCCCAUCAACCUCUAAUCAGAGUACUUGGCUACCAUUAUCAUUCCCCUUAACUGGAAAUUCUCUGUGGCUAUUAAAAGCUUGGGAACUUGGGUUGAAAUGACUCCUGGAAGACCUGCCAAAGAAUCUGGGAAAUAGUAGCCAACCAUGUCUGUAUGGCCCUGGCUUCUGCUAUAUUCAGGAUGCUAACAGGGCUUGGCGGCAGAAGGGCAAAAAGAGAGGUGGCCAUUUAUUUAAAUUUUUAAGCAUGACUCCUCUGAAAGAAAAUGCACAAAUCAAUACGUGAUGGCCAUGCACACAGACUCUUAAAUUGCUUAGUUUUCUAAAGUGAUUGCAGAUAACCUGGUCUCAGUGGUAAAGAGUAGCGAGACUGGGCUCUUGAUGGGCGGUGGAGUAUCCAAAUUUCUUCAUUUGCAGAGGCAGGAGUUGUAAUUUUUGUUCAUUGACGUGUAGGAAAAAGUACAGUUUUGGCAGAGAGAGGGGUCCUAUGUGAGAGUCAAGCUGACGAUUAUCCUCACUGGGUUUCACAGGUGGAGAACAGUAGGGGGAAGCCAGGGCAGCCUUUGGAAGCUGAAAACGGGUGGGUUAUCUGUUGUGAGCUCUACACAGGGCAAUUCUUAGGCAUUGAUGGAAACAUCAGGUGCUUUCUACACACACACAUAUGGUCUGUGGCAGCUUCUGAUCGUGGAACUUGAGCUGCUAAAACCAAAUUUAACAGGGGAGGUUUUCCAGCAGCCAAUUUAGAACUCUAUGUGUCAGAAAGUUACAUUUGGCAACCGUUUGCUGAGUUCUUGGCCAAUCUCUGUGUAAAAAACCACCUGAGGAGGUUCAAUUAAGAAAAUUCAGACAAUUUAUCUGUCAUCAUACCCCUGUGUUUAGUUUCUUUUUCAGUCUCAAAUUUAUUUUCUGAGUGGAGUGAUUUCCUAUAUGAACUGAAAUGAUGAACUGAUGUUUUAGUAAAAUAACAGGUAUUUUUUUUUUACAGGAAAAAAAGGUCUUCUCUAUGUCAUUAACUUCCAUAAUUGGAACUUAUUUCCUACUGUACAGAAUCAUCACAUUAGGUCAUUUAAAGCUGAGAAAGGUGUUAGGGAUGCAGUUCAAAUUCUUUAUUUAAAUACACAGACAUGUUUCUGUAUAUUUUGUGUAAAUCCUGACAGGAUGCUGGAUGUAACUUCUGUACAGAAUUGAACUUUACAAGAAUUUUAGUAAAAUAGGCGGGCUGCCCCAGAUUCCUUCGUGCUUUUGUUUCAUCUUGGAAAAUGCUGCUUCCGGUUAUUUAAUCUGGUCUUUGUAAGGAAAACACACACACACACACACACACACACACACACUCCCCCCCUUACAUUGUGUGGAUUUUAUAAUAGACCAUUUUUAUUUGUAUAUAUGCUUGUUUUCCUGCGCUGACCCCCACAUUUGUUUGUAAGCCAUGUUUAUUGUGAAGAUAGCUAUUGGGCAAGUGGAAACAUGCCUGGUCUUUACAAUCCCCUGAUGCUAAGAAAAAAGUAAUUCCAUAUGUUAGGAGGCCCUACAAUCUCUUCCUAAUACCUGAAAUAUUAUGAAAGGAUAUGUGAGAGGUUGUGCACCUCAAUCAUUUGAAACUGAUCUCUAACACUGUCUCUGGAAAGUGUAAAAUAGCAGAAUGAUUACCAUUUUAUGGAUUCCUUCAUCGAUGGACUCUCCCAUCUUUCUUGCUAUGUAUAACGUGAUGCUAGCUCUCCUUGGUGGGAAUCAUCUCUUCUUCAUAGAUGGCAAUAUCUUCUCUUUAUGAAUGAAUCAGACUGAACUGUCCAGUAUGGAAUUCAUUAGAAGUUCAUAGAGUAAAGACCUCUGAAGGAUGUGGGGGGCUGGGGGGGAUGUUCCAUGCCUAUGAGGUGAAUGUGAAAUUGAUGCUUUGGCCCUGGGAACUUUUUGCUCAUAAGCUGCAGAGGCAAAGAAGUCGGGGAGUAUGUACUUCAUUCUCUUUUCCUAUAAGGAAAUGUGUGGGGCUGCUCUCUUAAGGCAAAAACAUUUCUCACCAUUGUCUGGCAAAGGGAAAUUAUGAAUAUCAGUUGAUAACUUCAGUCAAGCUCUAGGACUGUACUUAAAAAUACCUGUGUUGUGGGGAAGCAUGCCUUUUGUUGUCUUUGCCGUAUUGGCUUUGGUGGCCACCAUGCAUUUUUAUUUUAGCUUAGUUUUCCUGUUAUCCAGGUUGUGUGCAUUGUUGUUGCUGUUGUUGUUUUCUCUCUCUCUUUUUUUUUAAAUAUUUUUUUGCUGUUGUUGUUUUAUUUUGAACUACUGCUCAUCAUAAGUGGUGAUGUUAUCUCAAAAUCCUGACACCAAGGAAAUAGCUAAUGCGCAGGACUUGGGGUAGAUGAAAGCAUCGGUGUUGAUGUAGGUUACGUUUUGGCAGAGUUAGCAGAAAUAUACUGAACUGAGGGGGAUAAUGUGGCUUUGAAGACACCAUGUUUGUUUUUAACAUUUGGAGAAGCCACCUGUCCUGGGUCCUUAUUCGUGGGAAAUUCAUCCUUUCAUGCAAAUACCAUUGGCAGGGCAUACUUAACAGCCUGGAUGCCUGGAUAACAGCAUCACAUCAGUCAGUAAACAAGGAAUUCUAAUAAUUCCCAAAGGUGGGGGUAAUUUUGCCUCUUACAGAUCAUUCUGUGGUGAAGUUUCCAAUCACGGCAUCUUGUAAAAACUGUAACGUUAUUAUUUUCCUUCUCUUUUCUGAUCUAAGAGCACAGUAAAGGAAAAGUAAAGUUCUGAUGUGAUACAAAAUAGUUCAUUGACUCUGUGUUUUUGACCAAGUAAAUGGCUGAUAUGUUGAACUAAGUGGUUGUUACAUGGUUCACAUGGUGACCUCAAAAGGAAAAUGAAAUUGGGACAUUAAGUCAAACUUGGACUCCUCUGUUGAUGAGGAGCUUAACUUUGAUUUCCUAUCUCAGGAUAUUCUUCAGUUUCAUACUGCUGCUGAGGAGGAAGGAGCAAGCCGCAGACACUGUAACGGUCUCCGGAUGUUUGUGCGUGUGUAUGCAAAACUUCACACUGUGUGUGUUGUGUUCAAUGUUGUGUCAAUCUAUGAACUGACUCAAACAACAAUUUGAAGAUACAGAAGACAAGAAUAAUGGCAAAAGACACCCAUCCACCUCUUUUUGUCAGAGUGCUUGCUAUGACCUUCAUAGCUAGGACAAAUACCAUAACAUAUUCAGGAGCAAGGUGUCCUUGAAAGAAAUGGUGUGUUGAUCUCAUAAGAAAAUGUACAACCAAUAAAAAGACAUUUAAAAAAG